UCCUAGUUCUGAUGUCACAGGCACAGCAAGGACAUCAGAAGGAGGAGUCAGAUUACAGUAAGAAUGGGCAGUGCAGCAUGCAGCCAGAGUAAAUGCUAAAUCAGACAGGGAUUGUAUCAGGGAUAAGACUGCCUGCAAAGCGCUCAUCCUGAGGAGGCACACUGCUCGCUCACGCUUCUUAUGCUGGGAAAUUUCCACAUAAUGUAGAAUGAAAGAGCUCUGUUUUACAUGUCAGCCCUGUGCGGGAGCUAAUGCUGAAUACACAGCGGUGGGAUCCUGACUGCGUGAUUAAUGAGAAACAUAAUGUAUUUUGGUGGUACAUGCCAGAGCCCUGCUCUUCCAGCCUUAGUGCGUCCUCCUGCUCCACCCUUACAGCCGUCACUGGAUAUUAAACCAUUUCUUCCGUUUCCUCUGGAUACUGCAGCAGCAGUCAAUCUCUUCCCCAACUUCAAUGCAAUGGACCCAAUUCAAAAAGCUGUAAUAAAUCAUACAUUUGGGGUUCCUCUUCCUCAUCGAAGAAAGCAAAUCAUAUCAUGCAACAUUUGCCAGCUGAGAUUUAAUUCUGAUAGCCAGGCUGCGGCCCACUACAAAGGCACUAAACAUGCCAAGAAGCUCAAAGCACUGGAAGCCAUGAAAAAUAAACAGAAAUCUGUUACUACCAAGGACAGCGCAAAGACUACCUUCACUUCCAUCACUACCAAUACCAUCAAUACCAGCUCUGACAAAACAGGCAUUGGAGAAAAACUAUUGCUUGAUAAAGACAUUACCACAGGGACACCAGCAAUAUCAACGACAACAACCGUGGAAAUCCGGAAGAGCAGUGUUAUGACAACUGAGAUCACCUCUAAAGUGGAGAAAAUCCCCACGACAGCCACUAGCAGCACCACAUGUCCUUCCGUUGAGACUGAGGAAGAAAAAGCAAAAAGACUACUGUACUGUUCACUAUGCAAAGUCGCUGUCAACUCUGCCUCACAGCUGGAGGCACACAACAGUGGGACUAAGCACAAAACUAUGCUGGAAGCUCGGAAUGGAAGUGGAACCAUAAAAGCCUUUCCCCGGGCAGGCGUAAAAGGCAAAGGACCUGUGAAUAAAGGAAACACAGGCCUUCAGAACAAAACAUUUCACUGUGAAAUAUGUGAUGUGCACGUAAACUCUGAGACACAACUGAAACAGCACAUAAGCAGUAGAAGGCACAAAGACAGAGCUGCUGGGAAGCCGCCUAAACCUAAAUACAGCCCGUACAACAAACUCCAGAAGGGAACGCAUCCUCUAGGGGUAAAAUUAGUAUUUUCAAAGGAACCUUCAAAGCCGAUAGCUCCACGUAUCUUACCAAAUCCGCUAGCAGCUGCUGCAGCAGCUGCUGCUGUGGCUGUGAAUUCCCCCUUCAGUCUUCGAACAGCCCCAGCAGCUACCCUUUUCCAGACUUCAGCACUUCCUCCAGCACUCCUACGACCAGCUCCAGGGCCUAUACGGACCACCCAUACUCCCGUGCUGUUUGCUCCUUACUGAACUCCAAACAGGAAUUAACUGCAAUAAUUUUUCAAAUCAAAACAAACAAAAAAGAAAAUCAAGAACAUUGAACUAUGCAGUGUUUAUUUAUAGUUUAAAGUAUAUAUGAAGAGCCAGGACUUUUGAUAGAGAACUGAACAAAUUCUAAAAGGGGGAAUGGGCAGUAUUUUCUCCAGAUGAGAGCAUUCCUCUUUUGAGCAUUGAUCGUUUUAGAAAUGAUCUCCAGCAUUGACUUGUAGUGACAUGUAAAACUUAUGAAGCCUUUUGACUGUGCUUUUUGGCACAUAUUUCCCUGCAAUGUCUUUCCUGCUUUAUGAAACAACUUACAAAUUUGUCUAAAGGGCAUUAACUGGUUCCAAUGUACAUAAAAUACUUUAUUCUGUAGAUUAAAGAAGAAGGGAAAAAAAAAAAAAAAAAAAAGAAAGAAACACUGUGAAUAGUAGUACCCUUACCAAUCCUCCUGCCAAAUCAGCAGUUACUGGGUAUUUAUCUGAAAAAAAAAAAAAAAAAAAAAAAGUAGAUACAAUAGUUGUCUUGUAAAACAGUAGUAUUGUGUCUCUAUCUAUGCCACUAGGUUUCUAACUGAGUUGCAAAAGAUAAAAUGAACAAAUUAUGUCACUUGGUAAGUAGUCAAAAAUGAUGACAAUAAUAUGGAGCUGUUCCUGGUGAGCAAAAUUGUUUUCCUCACCCAUGGACGAAUGGGCAUGAAGGUUAUCUAUGGUUAAGACAAGGUAAAAGAUAAAGAUUUAGUGAAAAAUAAAUAAAUAAAUCCAAAUGCUGUACACAGAAUAGGUAAAAUUUUAUUUAACUGCGAGUGAAUGUGUACAGUGUGCAUAAAUUCAAAAUGUGUAAGACAGGAUUGAUCAAUAUUUAAGGAAUGCCAAUUGACAGCAAAAAAAUGCACUCUGGUUAUGAAACAGGCCUGACACUUUAGUGUUGAGCAGAGGGAAGACACAAAUGGGUUAUGCAUCGUCAUAACUAGCAAAUGAAAACCAAGAGAAAAAUUCUGGCCUCAUUUAAGUCAGUAUAAAGUUCCUCCUGACUGCAGUGUAGCCAGAAUUUCAUCCCCAAAAUGGCACAUAUUCUUUUUAUAUCAUACCAGUGGGAGUGUCUGUAGGUACAGGUAACAUUUUUUGCAAUAGGCUUAGUUUUAGAAACUGAUUUAUUCUCUUGUUUUAUUUCCUACUGAUGUGAUAUAAAAUGUUUUAAUAUACCUAUAAAGUGUAAACAGCAACACAAGAUACAUAUUAUGAGAUAACUGCACAUUGUGGGUUUGGAACAAAUACAACCUUUUGGAUCUGAAGGGACCCUUGAAUUCUGUAGCUGACCUUUAUGUAUGGGCAGCUUAAAGCCUUAUAUAUUUACUGUGAGGCUUAAAGGGGUUGACUGUGUUCCUUUAAAAUAAGAUUUAUCAGGGGUAUAUAUAGAUAUAUUGUAUAUAUGUUAGAAUAAGAAAAAUAACUUAUAAACAGAAAAUCUACUAUAUAAAAUAAUUAUAUAACCAUUGAGUUUCACUUGUGGGUCAUUACGUGGUAAGUAACAAACAGCAGAGAAAAUAAUAGAUGUCUCAAAUCCAAUUCUUGCUGCCUGCUUUUUCCCAUAGGGAGCUGAAAAGUAUCUAUUAAUAUUAUGGAGUGUGCUGCUGAGUCACAUGCGACCACUCUGAUGUGUAGCUAAGUGAAAUGCCUACCAUAUAUUUAGGAGGAAUAAAAAUUAAAAACAUAAUUUAAGUUUUGAUGAGGAAAUGAUUUAAAAUAUUUUAUUAAAAGGGGGUAAUGCAAAAUAUUGACCAUGUGGUUGCUAUAUAAUACUGCCUGUGGUUAAUAUGAACAGGUGGGAGAUAUAGAGGAUGGGAAUACACAGCACUUUUGACUUGCAGUUCAUCAGUGAGCCUUCCAUAUACAUUGGUAUCUGCCAUUUUUUAAACCUCUCUGCAUAUAGAUUUUAUAAAUAUAUAUAUAUAUAAAGAGAGAAAGAAGAGGUUCCAUGGAUGUCUGUGUCCAAAGAAUUCCAAAGAGAUGCAUUUAUUUAUCUAGAAGUAUUAAAAUAAGUUCUAUAUUAUGUAUAUGUAUUUCAUCCAGUUUAUUUGCAAACGUUUGUGCCUUGAAAUGAAACGGGCUUUUGGUUAUGUUUAAUUCACUCCAAUGUAGCCAUGAAUUAGAAGUGAUAACAAUUUCAGGGCUGGUUACUAGGUUUCUUAGUUUCCAAAGGUUUCUAGGUUACUUAGUUUCCAAAAAGAGAAGAGUACAUGUAAAUUCUUGAAGUUUAGACACCUGAAUAACUAGGGGCUGACAUUUAAAAGGGCUCCCUACUCUACAGCUCCCAGUAAAGAGGCAGUAAUCAUGUCAGCUUUCAAAACCUGUGUCUACCACUCAGAAGUUAGAAAAUGUUUCCAAUUAUUUGGGUACAUAAAUAUAGUGUAGUAAGGUUAAACUUGUCUUUGCAAAAUCUUGGCCUUGGUCUUUUAAGUCUAUUUGCAGCAUUCCUUCUUUUUCAGAAGUUGUAGUGCCAUUGCCAGCUGCAUGCAGAUUCCUUCUCAAAUAGGCCACUGGUUUUCAAGCUGUGCUCCAUGAACUACCAUUUAUCUCCAGAGCCUUUUAUAAUAGGUGUGUAAUUAACAUUUGCUAAACAAACAGAGGCAUUCUGGGGAGGGAGGAGGCCUGGGCAGACAGUAUUUUCCCCAUGAAAUAAUAAUGCAGACUGGAGGAGACCCACUAAUAUCCUGUAGGCUCUUAUACAUGGCCUUCUGAUGCGUACAUGCUGUACAUCCUGCCAUGUUGUCAUAAUGCCAUCAAAAUCAAAAGGCAGAUUCUUGAGAGAAUAUGGCCUGUGGCAUGAAUGGAGGCACAGUACUAAGCACAGAGUUAAUACAAGUUUUGCCAGAAAUAAAAAGAGUGUCAUUCCAAUGACUUACAUCAGCUAAUUCACAAUGACACCUUCAGUUUUCUUGGACCUCUUUCGUCACAGUGCUCUAUGGAACAAGUUUUUGUUCACACAAGUCUCUUUUAAAUUUCAGCUGUAAACAAACUCAAUUCUUUUUAUGUCUCUUACUCACUACCUAAUAAAGGAUAAAGCCUAAA